UGUUGUUGUGUUGCAGCGUUUAAGCUGCUGGAGAGCUCCAGUCAGCAGUGGCUGCAGGGUCUGGUCUACCUCAUCGGGAACCUGCUGGGCUCCGCAUUGGCCAUCUACAAGUGUCAAUCAAUGGGGCUCCUCCCCACGCACUCCUCUGAUUGGCUGGCAUUCAUCGAGCCGCCGCAGAGGCUGGAGAUCAUGGGCGGAGGGAUGGUCAUGUGACGCGCACACACACACACUGUUAUUUAACGUCAGCAUUUUAACCGCACACACUGAUGAUUAAUUUAUAUUUGUGAUUUGUGUUAGCAGAGGUCUGAUUAAUAACGUGCAUCAAACUAAUAAAGAUUCUUUAACAUGUU